GCGGAUAUAGUGAAUGCGGGGUCCGGGGAGAGCGGAUAUAGUGAAUGCGGGGUCCGGGGAGAGCGGAUAUAGUGAAUGCAGGGGUCCGGGGAGAGCGGAUAUAGUGAAUGCGGGGUCCGGGGAGAGCGGAUAUAGUGAAUGCAGGGUCCGGGGAGAGCGGAUAUAGUGAAUGCGGGGUCUGGGGAGAGCGGAUAUAGUGAAUGCGGGAUCUGGGGGAGAGCGGAUAUAGUGAAUGCGGGGUCCGGGGAGAGCGGAUAUAGUGAAUGCGGGGUCCGGGGAGAGCGGAUAUAGUGAAUGCGGGGUCCGGGGAGAGCGGAUAUAGUGAAUGCGGGGUCUGGGGAGA